AUCCGUUUGUGGACUGGGGGCUCCAUUCCACUUGGCCUCAGGGGGAAGCCGAAAGGGGUCUCUUUCCCUAGAGUCUAUUUCCAUUCCUGUGCAAACCCUUCCCUUCCCUUCCUAGUUGUCUCAGCGAUGCCCCGGGUCAAGAAGAAGUUAGACCUAGAAUCUGAGGACUGGAUAGGGGGAUCCAAAUGGCGGAAGGAGAUCGAGGAUACGAUCCAGGAGACCCAAAGCCUGAAAGAGAGGUGCAGGCAGAAUGCAGUGGCCAUGUGGCAUCCCGAGGGGCCACCCCGCGACCCCAAUGUGGCCCGACACCUGGUCCGGGAGGCCUGCCUGGCACCCUGGCGCUUCCGCAUGGAACUGGUUAAGGGCGGGGGCAUGUUGGAGACCCCACCACUCGGCAAGGGUGUCACGCUGUGGUGGGGCAAGAUCAAGCCUCCGGCCUGGAAGUCCCGCUUGCCUCUGCCCCUCCUCCGGGACAUGACCACCCUGCAGACCACAAAGCAGAUCCAGUCCUAUACCCGUGGGUGCCGGCUAGUCGCCGCUCGCCUGAACCGGGCAGGGGACCAGGUCAACCAGAAGAUGCGGGCGCUGAUGAAACAGCGAGAAUCCUCGGACCGUGUCCUGAGCAUUGUGCGCCGGGGGAUACUGAUCAACCAGCAGUGCAAAAAGCUGCGGAGCUACCGGCCCCCCUCGGAGAAGGUACCUGACCAGGUGGAUGAGCUCCUGGAGAAGGAGCGACAGCUGCUGCUGAAUUUGAAGAAGAAACUGGAGCAAGACUUGGGCAUUUCGGAGAGUGUGGUCAAGGAUCUGGCGAAGUGUCGCUCCUCCUUGGAGUCCUGCUGCCAGCAGCGAUUGCUUGUGGUGGAGUUUCUAAACAAAUGCCUGGAGGAUGUGCUGGGAACAGCUAGAAGGAAAUCUUGGCUCUACCUCAGCCGCGCGCCCACCCCUUGGGCAGAAAUUAAUGCUACUCCCCCCCCGAGCCCUGUGGGCACCUACACCCCCGAGUGUGCUGUGGCCCUUGAGAUGGCAAGGCAGUUGUAUUCCAAGGCCCACGAUGUGCUGAGACAGCUGGUGAGAAACCAGGCACUUGUGCAGUCCCAACAGGAAGCAACAUUCAAAAAAGUGAACCAAAAUCUGGCCCAGAAGAUGGAGGAGACCAUGUUUCUGAAGGAGCUGCUGAACGUGUCCUCGGGGCUGAUGCGAGGGACCAUCAACCGGAAUGAGAGGUUCAAACGGGACUUGGAACGAACCCAGGGGAUCGUCCAGGGCCCCGCGACUGUGAAUUACCUGGAGAUACGGGAGAAGUUGACACGUCCCAUGGUGCGGGUGUACCAGAGACACGUGGGCACCCAGCUGCCCGAGGCCACCCGCCUUGGCCAGGCCUCCCAGUGCUUGGAUAAGUUCCUGACCCACACAAACCAGGACCUGGUGGAAUUGCACGCUGCGCAGAAGAACCUCAAGUCGUGCAUGAGAGACAAGCAGCUGGGAUACAACGUGGAUUACGCCACCCUGCGACUGCGCCAACAUCAGAACCACCGGCACAUGACCUACGAGGCGGCCCAACGCCUGGUUCAGGACUGAUUAACCCCUCACUCCCCAAAGGUGGCGGGGUGGGAGAGGUAGUGAGAAUAAAGUAUGAUGGAGCUGUCCAUUUCCA